AUGUCCUCUCCCUCCCCGUCUGACUACGAAGGCCCUCUCUUCCUUGGCCUUGAUCUCUCCACCCAACAACUCAAAGCCGUCCUCGUCGCUGAGGAUGCUUCUGUUGUACACGAGUCCUCUGUCCACUUCGACUCCGACCUACCUCACUAUGGCACCACAAACGGUGCCGUCCGCGGUCCCGCACCCGGCGAGGUCACCUCUCCAGUUCGCAUGUGGCUCGAGGCCAUUGACCUUGUCAUGACCCGCGUUCGUGCAGCGGGUGUCGACCUUUCCGCCAUUCGCGCUGUCUCGGGCGCCGGACAGCAACACGGAUCGGUCUACUGGUCCGAAGAGGGCGAGGGCCUUCUGACUAACCUUGACCCUGCACGGCCCCUUGGCGAAGAAGGCCACCUCGCUCCAAGGGCAUUCUCACUCUCUCGGGCUCCGAUAUGGCAGGACUCGUCCAACACUGCCGAGUGUCGUGCUUUGGAAAGACUUGCUGGCGAUGCCCAGGCUCUCGCUGACCAGACUGGCUCACGCGCAUACGAACGAUUUACGGGCCCUCAGAUCAUGCGGAUCCGCCGGGUAUACGCAGAUGCUUACGCCCGCACAUCCCGCAUUUCUUUGGUGUCUUCAUGGAUUGCAUCUAUCUUCCUCGGGGGCGUCGCGCCUAUUGAGAUCUCUGACGCCAGUGGUAUGAAUACCAUGGACGUCUUAACAUGUAAAUGGAGUGAUGCUUUGCUCGAGGCAUGCGGUGGCCCCGAGCUUCGUUCGAAACUCGGACCUGAGCCUGUACGUGGUGGAACGAACCUAGGUCCUGUUUCCUCGUGGUGGGUCAAGCGCUGGGGGUUCUCUCCAGAUUGCAUUGUUGCCCCGUUCACCGGCGACAACCCCGCCACGAUUGUCUCUUUCUCGCAACCUGGAGACGCCCUUCUCUCGUUGGGCACAUCCACUACUCUUUUGCUAUCUAUCCCGCCGUCCAGCAAUGCUCCUGCGCGUUUUACGAAUUCCCAUCUGCUUACUCACCCAACGGAUCCUCCCCAUGCCUUCAUCGCCAUGCUUUGCUACAAGAACGGUGCACUCGCCCGUGAGCACGUCCGUGAUGCGCAUUCCGACCGCUCGUGGGACACAUACAAUACGCAAGUCCGGAAUACUCCACCCGGAUGCGACGGCCGCAUGGGCUUUUACUUCCCCCUGCCUGAGAUCAUCCCCCCUGGCGUGCAGGGCGACCAUUUCUUCUCGUACUCCACCAAGGAUGGCUCGGCAUCAGAGCACCAGACGACCCAACUCGCACUGGAAGAUGUACCUCGCGACGCACACGCGCGGCUCAUUCUUGAAUCGCAAUUGCUUUCUAUCCGCUCGCGUAUCGACGCGAUCAUGCCGGCCGGUGGGCCUCCGCUCCAACGACUUAUCGUUACGGGUGGCGCCAGCGGCAACCCCGCGAUCCGUCAGGCAGCCGCAGACAUCCUUGGCCUGCGAGCCUAUGUGGCGCGGUCGGCUCAGGGCGCGGGUAUGGGCGGUGCCCUCCUGGCUCGAUGGGCGUGGUGGCGUGUCGAAGGCGGGUACACCGGUGAACAUGACGGCAGCUUCGAAGAGAUGCGCAUGGCGUACGCUGAGGAGGGAGACGUCGUAGAGGUCGCCGCGCCGAAGAAGGACGUGACUAAGAAGUAUGAGGCGCUCGUGGCUCCAUAUCGCGCUUGUGAAGCGGCGAUCGUGGCUAACUGUGCAAAGCUGGCCAAUUAAUGGCUCUCGAUUGAUGCAAUGGUCUGGUCUGCGAUGACAGACGUCGACUUUUCUUUCUUGCUUCGGCGCUUUGGCGUUCUAGGAUAUCUCAUGUACCGUUAAUGUUGGAACACCCCACUCUAGAAAUAGACAUAGAAGCGAAUCUGGCCACUCAUAGAUAACAAUCAAUAGAAUUCCCUGC